CUCCGACGCCACCAUGAAGCGCCCGAACCCCCGCCUGUGGCUGGUCCUUCAGGUGAUGGGAUCUUGCGCCGCCAUCAGUUCCAUGGACAUGGAGCGCCCGGGCGACGGUAAAUGCCAGCCCAUUGAGAUCCCAAUGUGCAAGGACAUCGGAUAUAACAUGACCCGCAUGCCCAACCUGAUGGGCCACGAGAACCAGCGCGAGGCGGCCAUCCAGCUGCACGAGUUCGCGCCGCUGGUGGAGUACGGUUGCCACGGUCACCUCCGUUUCUUUCUGUGCUCGCUGUACGCGCCCAUGUGCACGGAGCAGGUCUCCACUCCCAUCCCCGCCUGCCGGGUCAUGUGCGAGCAAGCCCGGCUGAAGUGCUCCCCGAUCAUGGAACAGUUCAACUUCAAGUGGCCCGACUCUCUGGACUGCAUGAAACUUCCCAACAAGAACGACCCUAACUAUCUAUGUAUGGAGGCGCCUAACAACGGCUCGGACGAGCCCGCGCGGGGCUCAGGCCUGUUCCCGCCGCUCUUCCGGCCGCAGCGGCCCCACAGCUCACAGGAGCAGCAUCUCAGGGACGGGGCGGCGACGCGCGGGGGCUGCGACAACCCGGGCAAGUUCCACCACGUGGAGAAGAGCGCGUCGUGCGCUCCGCUGUGCACGCCCGGCGUGGACGUCUACUGGAGUCGCGAAGACAAGCGCUUCGCAGUGGUCUGGCUGGCCGUCUGGUCUGUGCUCUGCUUUUUCUCCAGCGCCUUCACGGUGCUCACCUUCCUCAUCGAUCCGCACCGCUUCAGGUACCCGGAGCGCCCCAUCAUCUUCCUUUCUAUGUGCUAUUGUGUCUACUCGGUGGGCUACAUCAUCCGCCUCUUCGCAGGCGCAGAGAGCAUCGCCUGCGACCGAGACAGCGGGCAGCUGUAUGUCAUCCAGGAGGGCUUGGAGAGUACGGGCUGCACACUCGUAUUUCUGGUGCUCUACUACUUCGGCAUGGCCAGCUCGCUCUGGUGGGUCAUCCUCACGCUGACCUGGUUCCUGGCCGCCGGCAAGAAAUGGGGCCACGAGGCCAUCGAAGCCAAUAGCAGCUACUUCCACCUGGCCGCCUGGGCCGUGCCGGCUGUGAAGACCAUUCUGAUUCUGGUGAUGCGCAGGGUGGCGGGGGACGAGCUGACCGGCGUGUGCUACGUGGGCAGCAUGGACGUCAAUGCCCUCACGGGUUUCGUGCUCAUCCCGCUGGCCUGCUACCUCAUCAUCGGCACCUCGUUCAUCCUUUCGGGCUUCGUGGCGCUCUUCCAUAUCCGCAGGGUGAUGAAAACGGGCGGGGAGAACACAGACAAGUUGGAGCGGCUCAUGGUACGCAUCGGUGUCUUCUCGGUGCUCUACACCGUGCCGGCCACCUGUGUGAUCGCCUGCUACUUUUAUGAACGUCUCAACAUGGAUUACUGGAAAGUCGAGGCCACGCAACACAAGUGCACAUUGAACAACCACACCAAGAACCUGGACUGCCUCAUGGCCGCCUCCAUCCCUGCCGUGGAAAUCUUCAUGGUGAAGAUUUUUAUGUUGUUGGUGGUGGGUAUCACCAGCGGCAUGUGGAUCUGGACGUCCAAGACGCUGCAGUCCUGGCAGAAUGUCUGCAGACCCACGUUAAAGAAGAGCCGGCGGAAACCAGCCAGUGCCAUCACCAGCGGGAUUUACAAAAAAGCCCAGCACCCCCAGAAAACCCACCCCGGGAAGUAUGAGACCCCGGUGCAGCCUCCCACCUGUGUCUGAGUGGGAGAAGGGAGACUAGGCUGUGGCGGGGUGGGGAAACUUUCUCAGAGGCUACAGUGGGUCAAACUCAGCUGAGACGUGGCACACGCUCCCCGUGGUUGGUUUGUGUUUGUGUUGUUUGUUUUUGUUGGUUUUUUGUGUUGUUUUUUUUAAAUAAAAGUCAAAGAGAAAAAUAAAAAGGUUGUACCCUGAAAUUCAGGAUGCUGUGAUACACUG